UGCUUUUUUCUUGCUCUAUUUGCACUGCUUGCACCUGCGGAGCUGUGUGGCGCCUAUUGGAUCAAAAAUGGAAACUGAGUCACCUGAGCCUCAAGAGGAGCAGCCUUCACCACAUGAACCAUUCUCUCUCAAGAUCUUGUCAACGGUACAGGUUCAUCGGAGUCUGAAUGGUUUGAGGCACAAUGACCACCUCAGGUACCGCCAGUACUGCAGCCGACGAUUGCGGCGAUUGUACGUGGCGAUGCGAUUCAAGCAUGGCAAAAAACAUUUCAAACAGGCGACCUUCCCGGAGAAUUUCAAUGACCCAAAAUGGAUCUUCAUCCCACUAGUCCAGACAGAGCGUGCCUGGGCAUUCGGAGUGCAACUGAAAGCAGACAACGCUGCAGCUGCAGCCUUCAAUGCACGCUGGCGACACCACUCAGAACGAAAGUUUGCGAAGGCAUGCAAAUAUGCAGAACACUUGGAGUCAGUAUGCAAAGCUCACUGCGACCAGCGCACACAGCUUGAGGCAGAGGCUUAUGCAGCUUUCAUGGCAGGAGUAUGGCUUGUGGAACGGGAGAGUUGGGCAGAGGCCAAAACUAAGCUGGCACGAUGCAAAAAGUUAUGCGAGCACUUCAUCUUGGCAGCUGAUCAGGCAGAGGCUUCAGCCCUUCGAGAGCACCUCCAGGAGCUUGGCCCCAUGCUGCGAGAAUGCAGGUACAAUUUGGGCGAGGCUGAAGAGGAAGAGGAAGGUUUAUCCAAGGUGGCGGCCAGCGGGAAGGAUGUGCGCGGAGAUAUGACUUACCGCGGCCACGCAGUAUCCAUCCCCUCAGAGAAGAUCAGGUCGAAAGUGAUGAUGUGCUUGGAGUCGGCCAAAGCACUGCAGGCUGACGUUGACUCUGAGAAUCGUGGUCCAGCACCAACGGAGAAGUACGGUGAAAUUUCAGUUGACUUUGGGGAGGCUCUGAAGGACAUCCAUGGUGAGAUGAUUGCAGCGGGAGCUGAUGCUGACACAGCAGAGUGGCGAACUGCAGAGGCCUUUAUCAGAGAGGUUUCCCUUUGUCUGAGUGCCGAGCGAAACCUGAUGCUCCUCAGGAGCCACUUGACCAAAUUGGAUGAUACGGAAGAUGUCAAUACCAUUGACUCUAGGCGAAACUGUCGGCCUGAGGAGGGCAUGCGCUUCUGUGAGCUGAUCAAAGACGAUCUGGCGGCGUUGGCUGAGUUGCCUGAAUCCACCCCCGAGUUGGAGGACAGGCUGGCGACCUACAAAAAGGCAAUCCUUGACUAUCGAUGUCUCUACUUGGCGCUUUGUCAUACAGCUCUUGGCAAGUUGCUAGAGGCAGCAGCCUUGCUGGACAUGCUGACUGGAAGAAUUGAGGAGGCUGGUGAUACAGAUCCUGGCCCAUUGCCGCGUCUUGAAGGCCUCUUUCAGCAUAUACAGCAGCAGCUGCCGUCUCGUGUUGCACGUUGGCGCUGCAGGGUUUUGGUGCUGCUGGCGAAGUCCAAGAAGUCCAAGAAGAAUGAAACCGAGGAACCUUCCGCAGAAGACACCCAACCAAAAGCAAAGCAGGACUUGCUUGCAACCUUCCCGCCAAAAUUCCGUGACAUACCUUGCAAGCCCCUCCUUUUCGAUCUGGCCUUUCCGUGCAUUGAGCCACCCGAUUUGGAAGCAAUCCUCCCCAAGAAGCAAGAAGGCAAGGGCCGACAAGCAGUCGCUGCAGUGGCUGGAGCAUUGGGUGGACUGGGCAGCCGCCUGGGCGGCUGGAUGGGUCGGAAGUAAAGUUGCUGCCUCUAGAAUUGCAGUGGCAGCCCGAAAAAAG